AAUUACAGAAAAAAGUCCUCAAUAAAGAUCAUUUAUCAUAAUUCCGAAUAUAUAAAUAUAUAAUAAUAUUUUAAUAUUAUUUUAUUUAACGGUUUUUCUCGCCUGACGUAAAUUUUAAACAGAUUCAACAUCACCGAAUAUUAAUAUAUCAAAUAUAAAUAAUAUUGUUGUUAAUUAAAAAAUUUAAUGUUAUAUAUUGAUUUCUGCUGUGCGUUAGAAAGUUAUUUAUUAAUCGAAAUUGCGAAAUUCAAAGAUUAAGUAAAAAAUGAAAAAAAGGUCGAAAAAUAACAUAUAGAAGAUGAAGAAAGAGAAGAGAAAGUUUACGCAAGAACGUUAACCUUCGUGUAAUAACGGUGAUGUUGACGAAAUGACUACGCAAUGUAGCAGGUGUAUAGUAUGCAAUCCAAGCAAGGACAUAUAUGAAUGUUUCUUUCGAUCUUUAUCAAUUUAUUUUAAUUUUAUCAUUAAGAAUGCAAAUAAGUGACUUUCUUAUUUCGAAAUAAAAAAAAUCUAUUAUUUUUAAUAGAACUAUUCAACUAAAAGAACUAUUUCAAUUAUGUAAUUAAAAAUAUCUUAAGUAAAUUAAAUCAUAAAUAACAUUUUAAUUUAUACGUUAAUUUAAUUCGGAACGUGAUAUAUAAAUAUAUAUAUGCUCAAUGACGUAUUCGCUAAAAAGUCAUUGACUAAAGUGAUUUUCUUCGAUAUGACCGAUUUUAUACAAGGAACAUGUUUAUUAAUGUGUCCAGACAAAGAACGUUUUAUCAGAGAGAAAGAAGGUUUAUUACAUAAAUUUGAGAUCGACGAAACUGCAAAAGGAACAAAAUUACCGAAAGCGGAUCCAAAAAAAACUAUAAAAUGUUUUAGUCGUCCAGCAGCAGGAUUAAUAAUGACUGAUAUGAAACAAUUACGUCCGGCACCAGUGUUAUUGUCGACAAUUAAAUAUUUAUUUACUAAGAUAGCUACGCGAACAGAUGUAGAUUGGAUAAUAAUAUACGAUUUUAUCUUUGAUCGUUUGAGAUCCAUUAGACAAGAUGCUGCGAUUCAAAGGAUCGAUGUUUCUAUGAACAUUCAAUUACUGGAACCUAUAGUUCGAUUUUUGGUUUAUUCCGCGCAAAGAUUAUGCGAACGAAGUAUUUCUGAAUUUAAUGCAAAAAUCAAUGAUCAACACCUCAUUGAAUGCAUAACGCGUUUAUUAAUCUUGUAUGAUGAAUCCGAAGAUUCUUCAGUUAUUGAAAAAAACAUAAAAAAAUUAACAUUGAACAAUGAUCGUCAACAAAUGGAAGCAUUAUACAUUCUUUUGCACAUGGGUAAUACAGAAUCCUUAAUGAGAGCAUUACAACUUCCUCUUUAUUUACGGAAAUCUCCAGAUGUGCAAUUGUCAAUAAAAAUAUCAUUUGCUUGGUAUUUAAAAAAUUAUGUACGUGUUUGUCAUUUAAUUCAACAAUUGUCUCCAUUACUUAUUUGCGCAGCCAUGACUAGUAUACAAAAAUUAAGAAGAAUGGCAUUGAAAAUCAUGAGUUCAGGAUACAAUAGUAAAAUUUUCACUUUUCCAGGACUUAAAUUGCAACAAAUUUUAUUAUAUAAAGAGAUAGACAAAAUACGAAUAGAUUGUGAAUUAUUUGGACUUGUAUUUACCAAUCAAAAUAUUUUAUUUCAAAAAGCGAAUUUCAAAGAUGAAAUUAAAUUGGUAAGUAAGAGAACUUCAUCAAGAAUUAAAUUUCAAAAUGUUAUCCAAUACAUAAUUUUCAAUGAUAUGAAAAAGAAAAAACUUCUAUGUUAUUCUGUAUACCAUUUCAGGCACAUCCAGAAAUGUACUACACGCAUCAUUGUUUACACAGUCUUUUACCACAAAUUUUACUUGAAUCUAUGUAUUGAGCAUAUAAAAAAUACAAUGCAUUUAGAUUCAUUUAGAUUCUACAUCUUCGUGAUUUUUUUUUAUGUAUUAAUAGAUAUAUAAAUAAUGAAAUAUUCAAUAAUAGAUAAUAAAAGAUAUAGUUUAUAUUAUUUAGUAUCUUAUUAUAGAAUUAUUUGAUGAAAAUUAUAUUAUAUAUGUCAUUGUAUCGAAUUCUUAGAAAUGGCUGGUUCUGUUAUGAAAAAUUUGGAAUUAUAAAAUUU